GGCUUCAAGUUCCGGUUUUAAGGAGACUUCCUUCAUAGCAAUUGUUAACAACUUAUUUCUGUCAACAAGUUCGAAGGGCACAUCUGCUAUGAUACUAUCGAAUAUCAACUAUUUCUCUUCAAUUGUGAUAGAAAAAAACAUUAUACAUGGAAUGAGUCGUGUAGCGUGUGUCUUUGGAUUGAAAGCCGGAAUUGGAACCGUUGAUAUCAUUAGUAACAUAAUCUCGGAAAGUAACGGAGCUUUAUCCCUGACAUCUGACCUCACAAGUGGCACAAAAAUCAUGAAUAAUCGAUUCAUCUCUAACUUUGGAAGCAACAAUGUCAUAAUUAAUCCAAGUACAAGAAACAACUGCACUAUCAGCUACAAUGCCUUCUUGAAUAACAGCAACAACGCCAUGACUCUUCAAAGAGUUCAGUCGGGUACAUUGAUAAACUACAACUUGUUUGAUAAUGCCCAAGGGGAAAAUAAUUACAAUUUGAGGGUAGAUUCUCCAAAAGCCAGCAUUGAUAUAAAUGGCAAGUUUAACUGGUGGGGUAGUAAAGAGGAGUCACAAAUAAAGGCCAGCAUAUAUGACAACAGAAAGGACCCAUCCGUUGGUGCAUUAGACAUUUUUCCGUUUCUGCUUUCUCAUAAUUACUCAGACGUGUCAAUCGAAGAAGACUUCUUUCGACAAGAUGGUAGUAUUGGUGGGGAGAUUACGGGAAACGUGACACUCAGAUGUGACGAUAGUCCAUAUGAUGUCGUGUCAGACAUUGUAGUUAUGGAGGAGGCUUCUUUGCUUAUUGAACCAUGUGUUGUGCUCAAAUUUGCCGAGAACAUUGGCAUUCGAGUAAAAGGUGAAAUCCAUAUGAAUGGAACGGCGGGAAAACAAAUCCAAUGCAUCCCUCGUGUACCUCCCGUAAAGUGGGCUGGUAUAAGUAUCACGACUGAGGUAGUUGCAAAUGAAGGAGGGAAACUUCGAUUGGUCGGCGGUUCUACAUCGGGAAGACUCGAGGUAUUUUAUAAUGGUCGGUGGGGAUCUGUAUGCGACGAUGGAUUCGAUAAGAACGAUGCUAACGUUGCCUGUAGGCAUCUAGGCAUGAUGUCUGUGGGAGCUACUUAUAGAACAGUUGGUGGUGGUACAGGUCCUAUAUGGUUAGAUGACAUGGCAUGUGACGGAAGCGAGACAACCUUAUUUAAAUGUAAACACAUCGGUUGGGGAACCCAUAACUGCGGUCAUAAUGAAGAUGUUGGCAUCACGUGUAGUGGGUUAAUAACUACACCAAGUAGUAAUCAAGUGUCUACGUUUAUACACGUGUACCUAGUUAAUACAACUCUUGGACUUCACAUUACAGGAAUUAUGCCUUCCGUAUUUCAUGAUAUAGAAUCAUCUGGUUCCAGUCAGAAUGGAAUCACCUUUGAUGAACCUUAUGUUAUAGGAAACGUCUCAAAUGUUUUGUUAGAAAAUGUCAAAACAUCUGGAAAUUAUGGCAAUGGAUUGGUCUGGAACGAGAAAUCUUACAGAAUGUCCAAUAUUGAAUUUGUUAAUAUAGAGUCCACUCGAAAUCAGGAAUUUGGGCUAUAUUAUACAGGCUUAUAUCAGAACAUAUCGGUUAUUAACAGUGUGUUGACAGACAACACAUAUGGUGCAGUAUAUUCUUCUCUGUCAACAUCAUCAUUAUACAUUGAGACUACAGAGAUAUCAAGAAACACACAUGGAGUCCUAUACUCCAAACCUGCAUCAGACUCGGAGUUUAACUGCACUAUAAUAGAUUGCGAUAUUGCUAACAAUGGUAUUCCGUCGGAUAUCUCAAACAGCACAUUGUACUUCAGCCCAAAUGGACAAAAAUACAAUGGCAUGUUUUUUCUGAACAACAGAUUCAUUCAAAAUAUCGGAGGAAGGAUGAUACAUUAUUAUGGCCGUACUGGCUACAUGAGUGAACCUGUUGUCAUAUUGAGCAAUAACACACUGUUUGAAAACAUUGGCGACGUAUUGUUCAUGGAAUAUAUUGGAAACAAUGCUGAAGUAACAUUUCUUGAUAAUCACAUUGAAGGGAAUGGUGCAAAUACUGUAGCAUCGGGAAAAAGUGGUGGCUAUUUGUUUGAUGGAAGCUUUUACGAAGGCGGUUCAUUUAACUUUGACUUUAAGAGAAAUAUUGUUCUUAACAACACUGCACCAAGUCUUCUAAAAUUUGCCCCAUUUAAUAAUUGGUACAACCCUGCUCGAAAUAUGAUAUUAAGGCUGGAGAACAAUGUAUUUGAAAAUAACACUGUUGCAACAUCUAUGGAUCUAAGUCAAAAGGUUUACGGCGUAGAAGCACACCAUAAUAUAUUCAACAAUCCCCUGGCGGUUUACGAAGUAAGGUCAUCCACGAGAAAGCCAUUAACAGGGUUUCAUUUUGAACAGAAUUACUGGGGACCAAGAAAUCACAGUGAAGUACAGAAUUCACUGUAUUGUCAUCACAGAAACAUUAAUCUUAAUCGGGUAUUCAUUCAUCCAUAUGCAACGAAUCGACAAUUUACUAAAUUCAAUGAUCAUGACGAUGUCGAUUUUUUGCUGUCUUCGAUGUUUGGAGGUGAUGUGUUUCAGAAUUUAGUAGUUGAACCGAGAUCUGAGCCCUAUUACGUGAAACGGUCCAUUUAUAUCCGAGAUGGUGCUGUGCUGAUGUUGAAGGCGGGUGUGCACAUGAAGUUUUUGGGAACUCAGGGAAUCAUAGUUGAAGGUCGCCUUAUUGUUGAUGGUAGUGCCAACAGCAAGGUAAUUCUUUCGGGAAUAGACACAAGCGCUGAGUGGAAAGGAAUUAUUUUUCAGAGGCCAACGGCAGAAGGCUGUAAAAAUGGUACGCGUUUUAUGAUGGUUAAGAAAUUUCAAAUCAAUAAGGACAACAGGGAGCGUUAUUCCGAUUGGGAUAGGUGGCAUUGUAUACACCGCUGUAGGACAGCAGCAUAUGGGUGCAAAUCAAUUCAAUAUAUGGAGUCGAGUGGUCUCUGUCAAUUGAAUGACAAAUCAAGAGAUGAAUUCGAUCUUAGCAGGUUGAAUAAUGAGACCGAAGGAUGGGAUUUCUAUGAACGCCAAAAUUGUGAAGAUCCUAAAGCAUCUGUUCUCCGUCAUGUCAACAUAACUGGAUCAAAAUAUGGCAUGUUGAUAUAUGAUGUCCCUAUUCAAGCUGAUAACGUAUAUAUUGAAAACGUUGGUACUGGGCUCCGCUUUGCAGAAAAUAGUUUUGGAAGAUACAUGACAUUUCGCAAUAGUAGGAUAAGUCAGACAACGGAGAAUGGCAUACAUAUAAAGUCUCAGACUUUACGAUAUAUCGAUAUGACAGGGAGUGUUGUAGACAGGGCUGGUAUGAGUGGUAUAUAUCUGGAUGAAGACGAUCUUGUAUUGUCUAUCAUUAAUGGAACUGUCUCUCGAAGUAAUCAAUAUGGAAUUUAUGCAUUAUAUAAUGCAAGAAAUGCAUCUGUUUUGAUAAAUGGUACAACAUUUAAUUCCAAUAAUCAAGACGGAUUGUACAUCAACUAUCCAAGAUAUCUGUUCCUUACAAAAUGUACAUUCGUGAACAGUUAUCAACCAAACACAUAUGCGAUAAAUAUCGACUUUGGACAUUAUAUAAAUGAGAACUCUCGGGCAACCAUUGAAAUUACGAACUCGUUAUUUGAGCACAAUCUGAGACCUGUAGUAAGGGUCACUACUGAAGACCAUUAUCUCGAUUUAACAUUGUUGGUCAAUAUCCACAAAAACAUAUUUCGCAAUAAUAGUAACAGUGCAAUGGAAAUCCAUCCUAAACCUGGAACUGUUUUGUUGAUUCAAAAUAACAAAAUAGAAUAUAAUAAUGAAAAGUCGCAUUUAAUAUAUUUGCACCCAAAGCACUCUGCUUAUGGAAAACAAUGGUUAAAUGAUGAAGUUCAGAUUGUUGGUAACCAGUUUUCAAACAAUAAUGGUCUUACAAUGGUUUACAUUAAUCCUACUGAUAAAGCAAAGAAUCCAGUGAAAUUGAACGAUAAUAUUUUCAUUGAUAACUAUGCAACAAAGGGUGUCAUACGUACGACAUCGGCAAAUUAUAUGAUGCAUUAUAACAUUUUGGAAAACCCCUCGAGUGUUUACGAACUAUAUGCUGAUGUGAAUGGUGAUGAUGUCAUUAAUGCCACUUUUAACUGGUGGGGUAGUGCAGUAGAAGCCUUUGCGGAUAAACGCAUAUUCGAUAAAACAGACGCAUUAAAUACUGCAGAGGUAGUUUACAUUCCUAUGUUAGCAGGCAAAGAAUUCACAUGCUUAGCAGUAAAUAAUUGUUCUAAUCAUGGGGAAUGUAUAAGACCUGAUAGAUGUCGUUGUGACAAUGGAUGGCAGGGUGCAACGUGUGAUCAACUCUCUUGUAUGCAGGUCUCCAACUGCAAUGGGAAUGGCAAAUGUGUUGGACCAAAUAUUUGCGAAUGCAUUGGGAAAUGGACAGGGAAAACAUGUGCAGAUGCAACCUGUUUCAAUGUCAAAAACUGUUCGGGCAGAGGGUUUUGCUUGGAACCAGACACGUGUUCAUGUUUUCCUUCGUAUGCUGGGACUGACUGCUCACAAUGCGAAGAGUUGUAUUGGGGUCAGAAUUGUGAGCCAUGUCCGCCAUGUGUCAAUGGAUACUGUGAUAAGACAUCAGGUGAAUGCACAUGUUCGUCAGUGAAUUGGGCCGGGGCGCUUUGCAGUGACUGCAAUAUAACAUUCUAUGGGCCUUACUGUUUGGCUAUUCCCACAGUUCUCCUUGUUGCCCCGUCAACAGGACCUGAUAUAGGUGGCACUGUUAUCAACGUAAUUGGGCACAAUUUUGAGAACAGUAGUGAUGGUCAGUAUAGAUGCCGUUUCGGUAAUAUCGAUGUGAUUGGCCAGUGGCUAUCACGUGAGCUAGUGCGUUGUGUAAGUCCGAAACAAGUCGGCGAAGUUGUUAUGAAUGUCGGACAACCAGGAGGCGAAUUAACAAAUGAAAGAGUUAAAUUCAGAUACCACCCUACAUGUCCAAGCAGUGCUUGUGGACGAAAUGAAACACCACCUCAUGGAAUUUGCUUGUUUGGACAAUGUUCAUGUGUUCUACCCUGGGAAGGAGAGUCGUGUCAAGAUAUUGUUAUAGCACCAUUGUUUAAAGAGGUUAAUCUUACUUCCGCCCGAGAGGGAAAGAGAUAUGCAGCUCAAAUGGAUAUAAAGCAGGGAACUAGACCAGUAACAUGGCAGCUGCUAAAUGGGCCUUCGGGAUUAUCUCUUGAUCCAAGAUCUGGUUUAUUGGUUUGGUCUAGGACUGUGGCACAGAAGGAACCUUAUGAAGUUCGCAUACGGGUAGAGAAUGCUAUUGGUUCAGAUGUCUACACCUUUAAACUUAGCGUUUCUUUAAGCUACAAUGUCACAGUGACGUCAUUGUCUGUCAGUGGUAUUUUGUCACGACCAUCGGAAGUCUACAUUUAUGGUUAUGUUGAUCUUUUUGAAGAGGAAUGGGAAAAUAGAAGAGGAACACUUCUGGUGCACAUUUGUGUAAAGAACAAAGGAAGAACUCGUAAAAUACCAGCACUUACCGAUCUAGUAGACAGAGGGCGCUAUGCAGCAGUAUACUACCCGAAUCCUGCAGACAGUGGCUUAUUCGAAGUUGGUGCCAGACACCCGUCUGACAAUAGGUGUGAUACCCAAGCUAAAUGGACAGUGCUGGGGAUGCAAGUGCAGCCUGCAAGUGCGUAUCACAGAAGAUUUUUGGAUGACAGCAAGUUGUCUGAAGUGGCUCAGUUGGUUAAUACUGGAUCUCUGCCAUUAUACAACAUAUCUGUUGAGUUGGAAGGAUUUGGACCACCCCUUACAAGCUUAAUUGUCAAACCAAGCAACAAGGCAACUGUCAGCAAUACAAUGUUUCUAUCUAAGGUAGCUUCUGGCCAAAGUGUGCCAUUUGAUAUCGACCUAGAUGCCAGUGAGCCCGUGCGAGGGAGAAUUGGAAUUAUAUUUAAUUCCCAGUCUGGGACAAUUGCUGAAUACUGGUUAAAUUUAAGGCUCGAUGUAAGGACACCUUUGCUUAGAGCGAACCCCAACUUCCUCUCUACAAGUGUGAAUAGAGGGGAGCAAAAGAGUUUUGAGAUUAUUAUUGGCAAUGAGGGAAUAAUUUCCGCUCUUGAUGUAAGAAUUGAACUGAGUGCUGAUCCUUUGCUAUCUCUCAUCUCAUUUGCUCCAGUAUCAGAAAAUUCUACCGUCAACCAAGAUGGCACAUUUACCAUCUCUGCCUCAACGAAAGCAACGUUGUCUUUAUCGAUUACCGUACCUCCAACAGAAUCCAUCGGAGACCGACGUGGUUCAAUGAUAGUUCGAUCAAAACUCUCAGAGGCUGUAAUUGGAUAUAAAAUCCUUAUCACGUCUAGUAAUAAAGUUGAUUUGAGAAUACGAGUAGAAGAUGAAUAUACAUAUUACACUGAUGGGGACCCGUUGGUUGUGGGAGCUAAAGUAAAGCUAAGGAAUCCACAAAAGGGAAACGUUAUUGAAACCCACACAACCUCAAAUAGCACAGAGCUGCUGUUUGAAGAUCUUGAAGAAGCAUACUACAAUUUACAAGUGAGUGCAGACAGGCAUACGUCAUACAGUGCUGUCAUUCUGGCAUCUCCAGCCAACCCAAAUGUGACAGUCUUCCUACAGAGAACGGCAGUCAAGUAUAGCUGGACUGUUACCCCUGUUACAUACCAAGAUAAAUACAUCGUCACCUUAGAUUCAACAUUUGAAACCGAGGUACCAAUGCCAGUUGUUACAAUAGAGCCACGACAGGUGGAUCUGACUGCUUUGGAAGAGGGGGGAAAAAGAUGA